CAUGAAAGACUUUCCAGGUUGGAAGCAGCCACGAACCCUGCCAGCGGCGACUCCUACAGUGACCGUGCCUCCAGCCGCGCCAGUGCCUACGCCCGCAGGGAGAACCGGCUGUCGGCCCUCAGCAGCCGGGCAGAGGAGGAGAGCAACAGGGACUACAAAAAAUUAUAUGAGAGCGCCCUGUCCGAAAAUCAAAAGUUGAAGGCGAAACUGCAAGAAGCCCAGCUCGAGUUGGCCGACAUCAAGUCCAAGUUGGAAAAAGCAGCCCAGCAGAAACAGGAGAAAACUUCUGACCGGUCCAGCAUGCUGGAGAUGGAGAAAAGGGAGAAGCGAGCCCUGGAGCGGAAACUGUCUGAAAUGGAGGAGGAGAUGAAGAUUUUGACGGAGCUGAAGUCGGACAACCAAAGGCUGAAGGACGAGAACGGAGCCCUCAUUCGUGUCAUCAGCAAACUCUCCAAAUAG